AUGGAGCUAUCCCUCUGGGAUACCGCCGGACAAGAGGAAUUCGACCGCCUCCGUGCUCUAUCAUACGAUGACACCCAAGCUAUAAUGCUCUGUUUCAGUGUUGAUAGCAAAGAUUCUCUCGAGAAUGUUGAGUCGAAAUGGCUAGCUGAAAUUGGCGAGAACUGCCCUGGCGCAAAGAUCGUGGUCGUUGCGCUGAAAUGUGACCUUCGAGAAGAAGCCAGUGACGAAAAAGAUGAUGGCAGUAACACCCAACAACAGCCAAAGCCAGUCAUUACCUACAGCGAAGGCCUCGAAGUUGCAAAAAGAAUAAAUGCUCUACGAUACCUAGGUGUGUUUACUCGACCUUGA